UUAGGUUUAUUAAUUGAAUACAAACUUUAUCUUAUAUUUAAAUCGUUUAUUUUACCCUCAGGCUGAUUUAAUAUUGUCCCUAUAUAAAUCAGCUAUUCACUGCCCUGAUCUAUUGCGGAUAAGGAGCCUUGAAGAAACGAUUGCUUACAGGAUAGAAGGAAGAUGCUAAAAGUUUUGAUUGUUCUUGCUGCUGUCGCAUUAUCUAAUGGGCAGCUUCAGCCGGGUAAGAAAUUGCCACCGUUUGCGUCCAGCAUGUAUUCGGGAAAUGUAAAAGAAAGAAUAAAGAUACCACCUACACCAAUGCCAGGCUUCAAUGUUUUACGGUGGGUCGGGAAGUGGUUUUUCCAGUUUCAUAAACCCUCAUAUAGCUGGGCUGUUUCGGAAGAGUUCACAGAUUACGAAAAGGUUUUUGAAUUACAGGGAAACGACCUUAUAAACCAUGAACGGAUGAGAAACUAUGGCGUGUGCAAUUCCGUUACGUCAGUAUGGCACAUUAAAGGUCCUGGGUAUUUUGAAGGCAUAGACACUGUAGGAGACAACUGGUCUGGCAAAAUUAUCGUUGUUGAUACAGACUAUACUGGUUUUUAUAUAACAUGGGGAUGCACCAAAUGGUCGGUUUUCAGUGACAGAUGUGAAGAUCCUGGUGUUUACGUUCUAACAAGACAACUUACACCGGACCCGACAGUACUGAGACGUAUAGAAUUGGCCCUCCAGAAUACAUUUGGUAUUUCAGUAAACCAGCUGAUUAGAAUACCUCAUGGAAAACGUUGCUAACAGGGAGGAAAAAAGAUCGAAUGAUUAUGAAGAUAACAUAAGCGGAUGGAAUGAAGCAAAAACACAAAGACAAUCUUCGAUCAUAAAAGUUAGAGAAAUUAAUCAAUGCAAAAAUAAAAUGUCAAUAAUUGUU